UUCCUAAAAUUUUAAGAUAAAGGAACGUCUUCUUCGUAUUGAGGUCGAUAGCCUACCAGAACACAGGCGAAUGUGACAGUCAGUUUUGAAUUUAGGAUUUUAGGACAAUACAAUGCGUGCUAAUUUUUAUUAUGGAUCGAUUAUUAUGUUUUUUGUGCGAGGAUGCCUCUGCUGCAUGUCAGUGCCAGACGCAGUGUACCUUCCUGUACCGGAAGCAAGCUGCACGUUCCCGAACAAAACCACGUGCAGUUACAAUUUAAUGCCUGAUUGGCAACCAACAGAAGGAAAAUCGGUCGAUAAUCAAUCAUCAGUAUCAAAAGUGCUUUUAACAUCAGGACAAGAUGAUCGAUUUUAUUUGCUAUUUCGACCAGUAAACACCACCAACACAUCUAUCACAAUAAACUCAACCAUACUACCUGCUGAAAAAUACAAAAUUUCAUUUUGGUAUGCCACGCCUGGAACAACGGGUGUGCUAAGUUUGAAAACAAUAGGUUCAUCAACGAAGGAUGCUAAACAACUUUGGAACAGCACCAACAAUGUACAAACGAACUGGACGCACGAACAGAUAAGCGUUAAUGAAACUGACAACUUCACGAUUAUGUUUAGUGCAGAUGAAGAUUAUGACGGUUUUGUUGGACUGGACAAUGUAGAAGUAUGCAGAGCAUGUGAAACAUUAUCGCUGAUUCACGGCAAAGUGGUGUACGCGAACACAAUUGCUAAAUUUCAAUGCGACGACGGCUAUUUGUUGGACGGUCCUUCUUCCAUAACAUGCAUAAAUUGGAAAUGGGAUACCAAUACGCCAGUGUGUAAAGACUGCGGACAACUGUUAGCUCCUGAGCACGGGUCUGUGAUUGCAGUCAAUACCACAGUGGGUUCCAUUGCGACGAUAACAUGCGACCAUGGACAUCUUUUGGUCGGUGAAAACACUUCGACAUGCGAAGCAAAUGGAAGGUGGAAUACAACGCAACAAACCUGUAUUCUCAUAGAUUGUGGUCAUCUCACUGUACCAGUACACGGCAAUAUUUCUUCCAAUGAAAGCGUGUUGGGGACAACCGUUACAAUUAGCUGCGCCGGUGGUUAUAUAUUAAAUGGAUCGAGUACUUCACGGUGUGAAACAACGGGCAGAUGGUCCAGUACAUGUCACAUGUGUGUUCCAGCAAAUAUGUCAUCAGACUCACCAGAUAUCAUAGGUCGUACGUGUGAAAGUGAUUGCUCAUUUACGAACAAUAAAACUUGCGGAUAUUCAUUUGGUGACCAGUGGAGAGUUUGGAACGGAGAUUUCCCAUUCAAGAGUCGACAACUUCCAAAUAAUGCAGACAAAAACUCAUUUGCAUUGUUCGAAACGCCAUUCGACAAAGAGACGAAAAUACAUCCAUAUGCGUCAACACAGCAAAUGCCAGCAGGGGCAGCAUGUCUCAGUUUUUAUGUCCAGUUUUUCAACAUUCUUCCUGGUUCCAUGGGAACACUUUAUAUCAGGUCACGUACAGUAGACAACGAGACAGAUGUAAUCAGGAACAUUACUCGUAUGGGGAUGACCAACUGGGAAGCUAUAAAAGGCCUGGUUGUAGAAGAAGCUGAUACAUAUUAUGUUGACUUCGUUGCAAGCAGUGUAAAGUACGCAUUAAUCGGAAUUGAUGACAUCCAGUUAGAGAGCUUCUAUUGCGGCGUUGGAUAUAAACCGAUCAUAUCCGAAGUUCACGCGUAUUGUAACAAGUCUCGUGUUGAGUUACCGUCUUGUGAACACAUAGAUUGUGGUAAACCGAUAGCUCCUUCGAAUGGCACAGUAACACAUAAUUCCACUUUAUAUGGAUCUAACGCUACAUUCGCGUGUAAUAGAGGUUACACCUUGAACGGGAGUAUGUCAACUACAUGUCAACGAAACGGCAGGUGGAAACAAACUGAGCAAUCCUGUAUUAUCAUAGAUUGUGCUAAAUUACCAUCGCUGACCGAUGGGACCAUAACCUAUACGAUGGACACAACAUAUGGGUCCAUCGCAAAUCUGACAUGCAAUGUAGGAUUCAAUCUGACAGGCGACCCGAAUUCAGUAUGUACUAUCAACGGCUUCUGGAACUCUACUGAGCAUAGCUGUAUUCCUAUAGAUUGUGGGCAUCCGCCUUCAAUAAAGAAUGGAACGGUUUAUGCCAGUAAAACCACAUUUGCAUCUGUGGCAAGAUUUACAUGCGAGGAAGGAUACAAAGUAAAUGGAAGCAAUGUGUCAGUUUGUUUAAGCAAUGGUGUUUGGACUAACACGGACCAAGAAUGUCACAUCAUCGACUGUGGUUUAUUACCAGCGUUAAAACACGGGACUGUUUGGUAUGCGGAACAUACAAACAUAACAACAUAUAAGUCUAUUGCAAGUCUCGAAUGUAACAAAGGAUAUUAUCAUGAAGGCAGGAAUUAUUCAGAAUGCACCAGCAGUGGCAAUUGGGACAUGUAUGGGUACCAGGAUUGUGUUCCCUUAGAUUGUGGGCCAUUAGAUACGAUACUGAAUGCGAUUUUGACUUCUAAAAGCACAACUUACGGUACGUAUUCACAAAUACAAUGCAACGAAGGCUACAUCUUUCACGGAAAUGACACGACUUACUGUGACUACGAUGGCAUUUGGACAAACUACAACUUCAACUGUACCAUAGUUGAUUGUGGGACCAUUACACCGAGAGAAUAUCAAGACAUUUCAUAUGUUGGAAACCUAACAACGUUUAAAUCGAGAGCAAUAAUGGUAUGCAAAUCUGGGUACGUCGUUAAUGUCAGUUCUGGGGAAAACAGCGAGAUAGCAGCUUGUCAAGGUGAUGGAAAUUGGACCAUGUCGAAGUUCAGUUCCUGUGUGCCUGCUGUAUGUCCAUGGUUUCAUUUAAAUAAUUCGGUACAAACGGACGAAUUGGUCAGAGAGAAGCUGGCAAACAAUACUUCGUUUUACGUAAAUGCAUCCAUAAAUUUCAACUGUGAAGCAGGCUCAACAUUAAUCGGUUAUACCAGCAUAAUAUGCCUCCAAAAUGGAAAAUGGAGCGGCCUACCACCAAAAUGUGAAAAAGAAAACAAAAUAUACCCUAAUUGUUCUCGCAAAAAUGACACAAGCGGAAGUGAGUGGCCCGAAAUAAGUCCAGGAGGCAUACACACACGCCCAUGUUCGGAUGUCAAUUCUAUUGGAGUGGUCUUUAGACGAUGCUCCGCAAAAGGUGAAUGGAUGUUGCCUGUUGACGGAUGCGUGAGGAGGGAGAUAGAAACUAUAUCCGCACAGGUUGACGCAAUAAUGUUGAAUCCAACAACGGAAAGCAUUGUAGAAAGCCUCGACAAACUAACCAGCGUAACGAAUUGGACACAAACCUCGCCCGAUGGAGGUCACGGAAAAAUCAUCGCAAAAACAACUAGUGGGGAACUGCAAAAGAUUACAAACAUUUUAGACACACUUGUAAAUGCAAGUGCAGCCAUUUCAAAGGUGACCAACACUCAGUUCGAGCCAUUCCUAGAAACAACAAGCAACUUGUUAGAUAGGCAAAAUACAGAUUCGUGGAAGUCGAUCAACCAAAAUAAUGAAGAUGAGAAAAAUGAAGUUCCAGGUGCAUUAAAAGUGCUACAUGUUGUUGAUAGGUACACUCGAGUGUUAGCAAACUCAACGAAACAUGAUGCGAUUACAACAAAAACAAAAAAUAUUGGCAUGUAUGUGGGGCCAAUACAAAAAGAGAGCACAGAUAUUCCUCUUUCUGCGAAGGAUGGCGUGGCCAUUAAAAGUCGCGUGGUUUUACAAAUUCAACCCACUUUACCCACUGAAAAACAAACUUCGACUUCGGUUGCUGCAGUUGUCUACAGGAACCUGUCAGGCAUUCUCUCGUCUAACAUGAUGGAUAGUGGUGCUGAAAUAUCGUCGGAAGUUGUGGCAGUUACAUUGAAUAACUCGCUACAUGAUCAAGGCUUAACUAUAUCCUUAACAUUGGGAUACAUUUCGGAAAGCUCUGGUCAACCGCAUUGCAGUUUUUGGAAUAGUACCAGGUCUGGGUGGGAUGGUGGUGGGUGUAACCUUACAUCGUUCAACGACACGUCAUCAACUUGCGUGUGUAACCAUCUACAAAUUUUGCUAUUCUCAUGAGUCCAUGGGCUGAGAACGUUGACACUUUGGCAUUGGAUAUAAUAUCGAUUGUCGGAUGUAGUGUGUCCAUGCUAGGGUUGAUCAUCACGGUUGGACUUCACGUGUAUUUGUGGCGGUACGUAAAGUCGGAUCGGGUGAUUAUCCUCAUGAAUUUGUCGCUUGC